AUGUCUGUUGAUUUAUCUGUGUUUGGAGGAGUUAGUCCUGCUCACAAUGAUUUCCGUAGUGAUACAUUGACCACUCCCACCUUGGAAACGGUUCAAGCCAUUUCCAAUUCCACUCUUGGUGACGCAGUCUAUGAAGAAGAUGACAAAACCCAUGAGUUAGAACAAUAUGUUGCUAUACUUUUAAAUAAACCCAAGGGUCUCUUUUGCGUUUCUGGUACAAUGUCUAAUCAAAUUGCCGUUCGUACCCACUUGAAACAACCUCCUCAUUCUGUAUUAUGUGAUUAUCGUGGUCAUAUUUUUGUUAACGAAGCUGGUGGAUUAGCUACUCUUUCCCAAGCAAUGGUGCAACCAAUUCACCCAAAGAAUGGUAAGUACAUGACAUUGGUAGAUGAUAUUGAACCUAACUUCAUACCAGAUGAUGGCGAAAUUCAUGGUGCUCCUACUAAAGUGAUUGCACUUGAAAAUACCUUACACGGAAUGGUGUAUCCAAUCGAAGAAAUCAAGAGAAUCUCCGUCUUUUGUAAGGAGAAUGAUGUCAAAUUGCAUCUAGAUGGUGCCAGAUUAUGGGAUGCUCUGGUCCAUGAUGAACUCCCAUUACUGGAAUAUGGUCAAUAUUUCGAUUCUAUCUCAAUUUGUCUUUCUAAGGGAAUUGGUGCUCCAAUUGGCUCUAUUCUUGUUGGUGACGAGAAAUACAUUACUAAAGCAAAUCAUUUCCGCAAGCAGCAAGGUGGUGGUGUCAGACAGUCAGGUAUUUUGGCUGCAAUGGCUUUGGCUGCUAUUAAAGGUAAUUUCCCCAAGUUUGCUCAAGUUCACCAAUACACCAAAGAAGUUGCAGACGUAUGUGAUUUGCUAGACAUCCCUUUGGAGCAUCCUCCACAGACCAAUUUUAUCUUUAUUGAUCCCUCUAAGAACAUCGCCAAACUUGUUGAGAUUCUGACUGCUGCUGGACUAAAGGUUAACUCAGGGAGAUUAGCAUUUCACCACCAAAUUACUCGUGAAAGUGUAGAUAAGAUCAUUCAAGUGCUUAAGGAAUGGUGGCUGAAGCAUAAUAAGGAAUCUGGGUCUGGAACUUACUACAAAUAG